CCGCCUGAGGACGCCGGGACCGCCAAUGUCACCCCCGCGGCCGCCCGCCGACGUGCCCCGCGCGGCGUGACGAGCGCCGCCGGGGCGGACCGGGCUCCUCGCCGGGAUUUGUUUUUUUGGGGGUCUUUUUUUUUUUUUUUAACCCCCUCUCCGCCACCGCCGGCUCCUCCGAGCAGCCCCGCAGCGCGGCCCCGAGCGCGGAGGACGAGGUGGGGAGCGGCCCCCCCGGGAGCGCCGCGGGGAGAAUGCGCCGAGCCCCGGGCUAGGAGGGGGGAGAUGGUGCCGAGCCCCCGGCCGCGCUGAGCGCCGGGGCUGUGCGUGUGCUUCGGGGCUUUUCGGGGCUUUUUGGGGUUAUUUUUCCUUUUUAUUUUUUCCUUCCUCUUCCCCCGAAGGAAAGAAAGCCCUCCCAAGCUUCUCAGAUGGCUUAGGAAAAUCAACACUAACCUGUGAAAACAUGAAGUCGACCAGUUGUUGAUCCCCCCCCACCCGCCCCUCCAGCCCCCGGCCCACCGCUGAGGGGGCGACAAAAGGACCCGCUUCGUGGAGGCCGAGGAGAACAGACACGAGCCUGUCGUGUGCGAGGGACCGAUGGCAAUGCUUCAGAGUGUAGCGGAGACGCAGGAAAAAGAUUCAACCUGUUAACAAAAAAAAAAUUAAGCAGGGGGAAAUACCAACGGGAAGGAAAGAGAUAUAUAUAUAUGCACGUAUAUAUAUAUACAAUUUAGAAGUAUUCCCCAGGUGGCCACAAAGCAUGGGCUGUGCUCCAAGCAUCCACAUCUCUGACAGCAGAGUGGUCUAUCACAGUAGCAAAGAGUCUGAGGAGUGCAAUUCCCCUCACCAGACCAACACAACCAUGUCUCAGCAGCAGCAAGGCAACCCCGUCCCAGGAUUAUUCAUUAAAUCCUCCAACACAUCCACUUAUAAGGUGAGGACUAAUUCCUCUAAGAAAGACAAGAGGGAGAACAGCCAGAGCAUGGAGGCAGAGACCCAGACCAGCAGAUCCAGUGUUAAGGCGCCAGUAACAGGUGUGCAGUUUGGUCCUAUGAGACUUCAUCAAGAUCAACUUCAGGUACUUUUAGUGUUUGCCAAAGAAGAUAACCAGAGUAACGGGUUCUGUUGGGCUUGUGAGAAAGCUGGAUUUCGAUGUAAUAUUGCCAGGACACCUGAAUCUGCGCUAGAAUGUUUUCUUGAUAAACACCAUGAAAUUAUCAUUAUUGACCAUAGACAUUCCAGAUACUUCGAUGCAGAAGCAUUAUGCAGGUCUAUCAGAACAACUAAACCCUCAGAAAAUACAGUCAUUAUUGGUGUAGUACGAAGGCAUGCUGAUCGUGAAGAGUCGUCAAUAUUGCCCCUGAUCUCUGCUGGCUUCACAAGGAGAUAUGUAGAAAAUUCCAAUAUAAUGGCCUGUUACAAUGAGUUAAUUCAGCUGGAAUUUGGAGAGGUGCGGGCACAAUUCAAACUAAGGGCUUGUAAUUCAUUAUUCACAGCAUUAGAGAAAAGUCAAGAAGCCAUUGAGAUCACAAGUGAAGACCAUGUAAUACAGUACGUCAAUCCUGCAUUUGAAACAGUGAUGGGCUAUCAAAUAGGUGAAUUAAUAGGAAAGGAAUUAACAGAAGUGCCUAUAAAUGAAAAAAAAGCUGAUUUCCUAGAUACUAUUAAUUCCUGCAUAAAGAUAGGAAAGGAAUGGCAAGGAAUGUACUAUGCGAAAAAGAAAAAUGGAGAUAGCAUACAGCAAAAUGUGAAGAUAUUACCUGUUGUCGGACAGGGAGGAAAGAUUAGACACUAUGUGUCAAUUAGUAGACUGUGCAAUGACAACAAUAAGGCGGAGAAGACAUGUGAACGUGUUCAGGCUGAAUCUCAGACAGAUAUUCAGACUUCCAGACACAAAGACAGGAGGAAAGGAUCACUAGAUGUCAGAUCUACAACAUCACGAGGGAGUGAUGGCAGCUCACAAAGGAGGCACUCUUCUAUGGCCAGGAUACAUUCCAUGACUAUUGAAGCACCUAUUACCAAGGUAAUAAACAUCAUCAAUGCUGCACAAGAAAGCAGUCCAAUGCCAGUUGCAGAAGCUUUAGACCGAGUUUUGGAGAUAUUAAGAACCACUGAAUUGUACUCUCCACAACUGGGAACAAAAGAUGAGGAUCCACAUACAAGUGACCUCGUUGGAGGGUUGAUGACAGAUGGUUUGCGAAGAUUAUCAGGGAAUGAAUACAUACUGUCAGCAAAACAAACUCAUCAGGUCGCUGGCAGUUUGAUCUCUCCAAUCUCCCUCAAUGACAUACCCCCACGGAUAACACAGGCAAUGGAAAAUGAAGAACACUGGGAUUUUGAUAUUUUUGAACUUGAGGCUGCCACCCAUAAAAGGCCCUUGGUUUAUCUGGGUCUCAAAAUAUUUGCUCGCUUUGGAAUCUGUGAAUUCCUAAACUGUUCAGAAUCAACUCUGAGGUCAUGGUUACAAGUUAUUGAAGCUAACUACCAUUCCUCCAACUCCUAUCAUAAUUCUACUCAUUCAGCAGACGUGCUACAUGCCACUGCUUAUUUCUUGUCUAAAGAAAGAGUAAAGCAAACCUUGGAUCCGAUUGAUGAGGUUGCCGCACUUAUUGCUGCCACAGUCCAUGACGUGGAUCACCCAGGAAGAACAAAUUCUUUCCUGUGCAAUGCUGGCAGUGAGCUAGCAAUUCUCUACAAUGACACCGCAGUGCUGGAGAGCCAUCAUGCUGCCCUGGCUUUCCAGCUCACCACCCGGGAUGACAAAUGCAAUAUAUUUAAAAACAUGGAGAGGAAUGAGUAUCGAACCCUUCGCCAAGCCAUUAUUGACAUGGUCUUAGCAACAGAAAUGACAAAGCACUUUGAGCAUGUCAACAAGUUUGUCAACAGCAUUAAUAAACCCUUGGCAGCGCUAGAAGAAAAUGGGAAUAAUGGUGAUGGAGAAUCAAUCAAAACUGUUCUCACGUCUCCUGAAAACCGUAUCCUUAUCAAACGCAUGUUGAUAAAGUGUGCAGACAUUUCCAAUCCAUGCAGACCCAUAGAGCAAUGUAUAGAGUGGGCUGGACGCAUCUCUGAGGAGUACUUUGCACAGACUGAUGAAGAAAAGAGACAAGGUUUACCUGUUGUGAUGCCAGUUUUUGACAGAAAUACUUGCAGCAUCCCCAAGUCACAAAUAUCGUUCAUCGAUUACUUCAUCACUGAUAUGUUUGAUGCCUGGGACGCAUUUGCAGACCUGCCAAAUUUGAUGCAGCAUCUGGAUAAUAACUUUAAGUACUGGAAAGGACUAGAUGAAAGGAAGCUGCGGAGCCUUCGACCACCACCACCAGAAUAGCAAUUAGACUAUGUAUUACAGUAAGGCUAGCCCGUGCACUUGGGGAACUUUCAAAUUCAAGAGAACAUGAGGUCAGCAGUUGACUUCCACAAACUACCAUGUGUGGACUCCAAUGAAAUAAGCCUAUCAAGUGGAAUUACACUGGAUUGCUGCAGUACUCGUACUGAAGAGGGUUCAUUAGUGAACAUAUUUUUGUGCUAUCUUCAUACCAGUAUGUGAAGCUGGAAGACCUUGAAGAAUUCUCAUAAAAAAAAGGACAUUCACCAGAAGAUUUUGCAUAAUCCUCAAUUCUGCAAGUGAAAAAGAAAUAUCUAUUAAUAGUGACUCACAGCUUUUAUGAGAAAGCUACAUGCUUUUUAUAAGCACUUAAGACAGUUACGUAGAACAAUCAGACAUUUAAAAUGCAACUCUCCAUGAAGGAAUUUUUGAUCCAUGAAAAAUAGAUGUACUCUAUUUUUUCACAUCACAGAAGGUGCAAUCAUUCACUUCUGAGCACUACUGAAAGUGAGUUCUCUUUAAGAAAUUUAGUAGCAAAUGUAAAAAAUAACACAAGAAUUUUUGAGGUUGAUCGUUAGCAUCUAUGAUUAAAAUGAUAUGUUUUAUUUAUUUUGUUAGAUGUUCAAUAUUUUCUAUGAAUUUAUAAAUACUUAAAAGCCAAAGCCAACUUUAGAUGCAUUACAAAUUUACAUGAUUCAUACUCAUUAAUAUACAUUUAAUUGAUGUACAGACCUUUUAUUUUCAUAAUGCAAAUACAAAAUACUAUACAAUGAUACAUUUUUAUUGCACUGUAAGGAUAGAUGUGUAUGUUUAAAUAUUGUCUGAUUUAUGUUAAUUAAAAUAAGUUUUAUUGCAAAGGUCUCACUUGAGAAUAGUAGAAUAAACAAGAAAUGUAUACUGUCUGAGCACCAGAACUGCAGUAGUUCUCCCACAAACCAGUGACGACCACCUGAUCUUCCCUUGGCUACAGAAGAUGAUAAUAUGUUGGAACUUUUUGUUUUCUCCCAUGAAAUUUUAUGACUGAAUUCCCUGUCAAAGUCUGCCUUAUUUUAUAUAGUAUUUCUACAAAGCAUUCCACAGCAUAUAUGAAGAGGUAAUACUAAACAUCUAAUGAAUUUCAACAUUUUAUAGUGUAUGUAUUUUCCUCUGCCAUGAAAGAAACAGAACAUAAAACCUCCAACAAAAACCUUUGACUCAACAAGUUUGUAAAGGCUGUGUACCUUCACAAUUUGAAUGAAACCUUCAUAGCAAACACCAGAAAAUAAUAAAAUGUAUAUUUUAAGAA